CCGGGAGGGAAGAGUGUGGGUUGAUCGGUCUCCAUACCCUCCGAUUGCUCGAGUAGACGAGUAUAUAGUCACCUCACCCCCCGUCCCCAGCUUCAGGACCCUUUCUCUUGCUUCCUCAGGUUCUAUAUCCCCUCGAGAGCUCUUCUUGCAUCCCUCACCCCCGGCUAGUCCACCCCCGAAACCACCCCCCCACCAGCGAUUCUUCUGGAGUCCGCCAAUUCAGGAGGAAAAAAGAGUCGAUCUCAGCAAUGGCCGAUCUAGGGAACGAGAAGGAAGUGCCUGACGGCCUGACCAAGCAAGUCAGCAACCAGAAUGUGGUCGUGGUCGAGAACGUCGCGUUCGCGGACGCCGUGUCCAAGUCGAACGUGAGGCCCUUCUCGAAGCGUAUGCUGCAGUUGUACUGCUUCUGUUUCGUAGCCACCAUGAACUCGUGCAUCAACGGUUACGACGGCUCGCUCAUGGGCGCCAUCAAUGCCAUGAAGCCCUACCAGAGACAAUUCGGCAUGAUCACCACCGGAGAAUCCACCGGUUUCGUUUUCGCUAUCUACACUGUUGGAAAUAUCGUCGGUUCGUUCGUGGCUGGUCCUUUGACUGAUACCUGGGGACGACGAUGGGGAAUGUUCAUUGGAGCGGCAAUUAUCAUCAUUGGAACUUGUAUUCAGGCACCGGCAAACAACAUGGCUCAGUUUAAAGGAGGACGUUUCGUGUUGGGUUUUGGCGUCGCCAUGUCUGCCACCGCUGGUCCUAGUUACAUCGCCGAGAUCGCGCAUCCCGUCUACCGUGGUUUCCUUACCGGCAUGUACAACUCUUUCUGGUUCAUCGGAUCUAUUCCCGCAAGUUGGAUCACCUACGGAACUAACAUGCACUUCGACGACAACCGCGCAUGGCGCAUCCCUCUCUGGAUUCAGAUGAGUUUCUCGGGCGUCAUCGCCAUGAGCGUGUUCUUCCUUCCCGAAUCGCCCAGAUGGUUGAUGGCCAAUGACCGCCACGAGGAGGCCCUUGCUAUUCUCAUCAAAUACCACGGAGACGACGACCCCAACAACGCCAUCGUUAGGUUGUCGUACGGCGAAAUGCAGCAGUUGAUCUCCAAAGAGGGUUCCGAUAAGCGCUGGUGGGACUACAGUGACCUCGUCAAGACCCGUGCCGCCAGAUGGCGCUUGACCAUGGUCGUCGCAAUGUCUUUCUUCGGACAAUGGUCCGGUAACGCCGCUAUCUCGUACUUCUUGCCCGUCAUGUUGGAGCAGGCCGGAAUCACCAACGUCGACACUCAGCUCAUGCUUAACGGUGUCAUUGCCGUUCUGUCGUUCGUCGGUGCAGUCAUCGGUUCCACCCUGGUCGACAAGGUUGGACGCAGAAAGAUGUUGUUCACUGCUUCCUGCUUGUUCGUCAUGUGGUUCUCGAUCGUCGCUGCGCUCUCGGCCACCUACUCGGGCAGCGGAAACAAGGCUGGAUCCAACGCGACCAUCGCGAUGAUCUACCUCUUCGGCUUCACUUUCUCGGUCGCCUUCACGCCCUUCCAGGCUCUAUACCCCGUCGAAUGUCUCGACUUUGAGACGCGCGCCAAGGGCAUGGCCGUGUACAACUUCUGGGUCAACAUCGCGUCGUUCUUCAACCAGUACGCGACGCCCGUCGGCCUCGGCAACGUCAAGUGGAAGUUCUACUUCCUGUACAUCGCGUGGGACACGUUCCAGGCCGCCUUUAUCUACUUCUUCUUCGUCGAGACCAAGGACCGCACCCUCGAGGAGCUGAACGAGAUCUUUGAGGCGCCGUUCCCCAAGGCCGCGUCGCUGAAGAAGACGAAGGUCGCCAUCGUCGAGAACCAUGGUGUUACUGAUCUUCUCGGCGAUGUCGAGGCGAAGCUAUAAAUGAUUUUUCUUACCUUUUUCUGGUUUUCCUCGCAUUUGUUGGAGGAGAUUGGGAUAUUUCUUUUUUUAUUUUACUUUUACGCCAGUUGCUUGGAGGUGCGAAGGCCUGAUAUCAUCAGCGGGCUGCGGAUCUGGAGGCCGUUGGUGUGCGGAAUGAUGGGAUGUGGGCAUGUGGGGAUGUAUGUAGUGGGAUCAUGGAUGUAGUGGGGAUGUAGUGGAUGGCUACGGUCGUUGUAUGUACAGUUAAUGAUGGAAAACAAAGGGAUACCUGAUACUGAUACGAAGACGUUUG